CGCAGUCCGGAGAACGGUUUCCAAUAAUGUUGAUCCACUACGCAUACAUCAAACCAAGAUCGCAGUUCGGUAAGCAAUGUAUCUUCGAGAAGACAGACUCUAUCGUGGAGGAGAAUAUCCUACCAAGUCCAAAACUCAUGCAAGACUAUAUCCUUCGGAGUCGCUGCCACCGUGAUGUGCAAAAAUCCGAGCAAUUUUCCCUUCACGAGAUGCAAACCAUCACCACGGCAACAAAGGAGAGCGGGAUGUUACACUUGGAGGGCGGUUGGCCUAGGGAGAUAAACGUGAAGGACGAGGAAGCCGUGCUGAGAUUUCGUCGGCGAGUCGAGAAGGACGACAAUUGGGCGCCGAGGAUGAGAAAGCUCAUCGACCCCAUGGAGCACUGCAUUCUGCAGAAUAAUACGAUCGACAUCUAUGAAAACUACUUCGACAAUAUGGUAUCGACUUCACUCAUCCUUCCCCGUGUCGUAAGGAUCGCGAACGUGUACGCCGACCCGCAGCCCAUCGUAAGACCAGCCAAUCACCUGUCAUGGUCGCCGGGCGCGCAGGAUCGAUUGGCCGCUUCCUACUCUUUCGCGGAGUUUGAGACGAAACCUUCCGGUGUGAUCCCGUGCUCCUACAUAUGGGACAUCGAGAAUCCAAACACACCGGUGAUAUGCUUGGAAUCAUCGUUGCCUUUAAUGAUUACUGAGUUUAAUCCGCGUGAUCCAUCGAUGCUGAUUAGCGGGCUGACGUCUGGCCAAGUAUGCAACUGGGACAUCCGGAUUGGGAAUAGGCCAGUGCAAAUGUCGCGUCGCCAGUUUAGCCACAGAAAUCCGGCGAACCAGGCGCUCUGGAUAGCUUCCAAAACCAACACGGAGUUCUUCUCGGCGUCUACUGACGGCACGGUCAAAUGGUGGGACAUCAGGAAGCUGGCACGACCAAUCGAGGAGCUGCUGAUGGACCUGGAUGACCCGCUACGGGCAGACCAUGUCAGAGCGAUCGGCGUCACGGCCCUUCAGUACGAACCAGCAAUGGGUUUCCGAUUCCUGACCGGUACGGAAAACGGUCUGGUGAUCAACGUAAACCGGAAGUUCGCAAGUCCGGUGGACAAAUUAGCGACGAGAUUCAACUGUUAUGUCGGCCCCGUCAUCACCAUCGAACGGAACCCGUUCGUCCCGAAGAACUUUCUCACUGUGGGCGACUGGAGCGUCAAGAUUUGGGUGGAUGAUACCAGGGAGGAUUGUCUGAUCGCUAUCUGUGAACAGGAUGCUGAUUUAAGUGGCGGCUGUUGGAGCAGGUCCAGGUGUUCAGUGUUCUUCACCAUAAAUACCGCGGGUCUGCUGAAGGUAUACGACAUUUUGGUGGGUCUGGAAUCGCCGACAACCGCAUUCCGCAUCUGCAACGAAAGCCUCACGUCCAUCGCGCCUCAUCAAGACGGUGAACUCUUGGCGAUAGGCAGUCACAAUGGCAAUAUAUAUCUGGUGAAAUGCUCCGAAGGGCACACCAUCGCCACCAAAACCGACAAGGCAAACCUGGUCGCCUAUCUCGAGAGGUGCAGUCGUUUCGAGAAGACCGUUGACGCUUGUUUGAAGGAGAUACGCUUGCAGAAGAUGCAGGCGAGCGUUCGUGAGAAUUCCGCAGCGGACCACUCACCGUCCAGGUCAAAGGACAGACAGAAGAACAGAAACAAUAAGGAGAGGGCACAAAUUAAGGGCGAGCAACACAGGAAAGCGAAAUUUCGACUAAAGAAGGAGGUGAAUGGUAACGCAUUCUUCGAAGAUCUGGCGGACACGGAAGCGGAAUUUUUUCAAGCAGUGGAAAGAGAAAUUGCGAGUUACCCGACACUAGAGGAUCUUGACGUCGAACAAAUGGUCAGUCUCCAGGAAACUUUGCACAAGAAAAAGAGAAAGGUGUUGCGCGAUCCAUUGAAGAUAGAGCAAGAAAUUGUCGCAUCUCCUGAAAAGGCGCAACAGCGCAAAUUCACGAUAAGAGAAAAGACGAGAGCGAUGAGGCCCAAAUCCCGAGUGGAAUCCCCACCGAGAGAAAUAGAAGUCGACAAAAAGGAGGAAGUCGCGAGGGCGGAAGCGCCGUCCGCGAGACCGAAGAAAACGCCAAGAAGACGUCGCGGGAUUCUACGCAAAGUCUGCUCCGUCGAGAUCUGCGAGCCGGAAAUCUGUUGCGCGGACCUGGAAGGUAAGCUUCCGCUUCCGAUGGCUGGGUACAACUAUGCACGUUUCAAUAUCAAUUUUCUUUCAAUACCUGGUUUCUGCAUUUCAGAAAAACGAAAGGCCAAAUUGCGGGCCCAAAAACUUGCUUCGAGAGAAAAGGAAUCUUCGCGAGACGUUACUCCACGCAAGUUAUCCGAUCUCGUGCAAAAGUUAGCGGAACCUUCGUCCGUCGGGAAGAGAAGUAUCCUGCUGGAGGAGGACGGACGUAUGCUGGCGAACGUACUUGCGGAUGAAGUCAAAGAAGCCAAAAGAGAAGUGCGUGCUUGGCAGGAGACAGUCGCGUCGGGAAAACGUGAUGUCCGGCGGGCCCGAACGACCGACGUGGUACAGGAAAAAUCGCAUGGGAAAAAGAGGAAAGCCGGCAGCGGCGACAACGAGUCGCCUGUGCGAGACGCGACAGAGGGUGGAUCGGAUUUUCGGCAGCUCGCAGAAACGAGCACGGGAGUGUGGAAGUCCGUAAGCGAGGACGAGACUUCGCGAGAGCGCGGGAAAGGACAGGCAGGGAAGCUCGAUUCUCAUCUCGGGAAUUGCGAGCGGAAGGGCGGGAUGGAUGCAGCGUUAUCCACGUUAUACUGGUGAAUCAACGGAGACAACGGCGGCGAUGACAACGCUGACGACGACAACGACGACGACAACGGCAACAACAAUGACAACGAUGAGGACAAUCGGCGCAGCAAGCAGGGGCAGCAACUAAUAAUUUAACGCUCAGGAUGUUACACGUCAGCUGAAAUUUAUCGUCGGGCGAUAUUAAAAAUUCCGGCUGCACGAGGGCGAGACUGAGAUGCGAGCCGUAGGAAUUACCGGAUCAAGGAAUUGUCGAGGAAAGCUCUGGUAAAUGUCCAAUAUUGAAGAUUAUUGCGAUGCAAAAGGACAGAUUAUUCGAUCUGAGCAAUUUUGAUUAUAAUUAUCUUGCAACACGGGGAAACUACAUCGACGAAAUUAAUUGUCUGCCUUGAAUCCGUCAACGCUAAAUGCAGGAAACAAUAUUCAGUAUCAAGUUGGAACAAUGAUUCAGUCUUAAGUGCUUCUCGAGGAGACUUGAAAUAUCGACGGUGCGAAAGCACGAAGUUGCUCAUUUUACCAGCACAUCAUAGAAAAAUGGAGAAUGAUCUUCGAGAAGUUCCCAAGAAAGAAGUUGCCAGCGGGUACUCCACAUUUGAAUAGAAUCGCAAGACUUUCGGUGCGGUACUCCACGCGAAGAGCGAACGAAUUCAAUAGAUUGGAUGUUGCCGAGUGGAGGCAAGGUACACUUGCGAAGUAUAUAUGAGCGUUAAGAAAAUGGCAGGUAAUGGUCUCUGUCGGCAGUCGAAAGUCUUAAAAAGGAAGUGAGAGACGCGCAAGAGAGACGAAGAUCCUGAAACGUCGCGCUAAUGGUUCUAACCCGUCGCAAACGAGGAAUAUUACGCGAGAAAAUUACUAUUGAAAUUCUCUUUUGGCAGUACGACGGAACCGAGAGACAGUGGCGACGGAACGAGGAAAAAGGAGUCAAAACUUAAGACGGCAAAUUGCCGAAAUUACCACGAGGAUCAAAGGAGGUCCCGGCCAUUAAAGUUCUCGGCCGAUUAAUCGAUCGCGCGGCGCAUCCGCGCGGAGACGCCAUGACGAAGGCGCAGAUGUGCGGAACAGGGAUCACGACCUCGAGCGUGCAACCUCUUUCUCGACGAGCGUUUUCAGACGACCUCGAGAUGAAUCUGCCGCGGAAUUGGAAGUAAGAACGACGCGCAUUGAAAAAAAGGAAAGUCCGCUGAAACGGGGAGACGGAGUUGAAAAAUUCAAGCGGGCGCACUCGCCGCUUAAUCCGCGAGAGGCAAAGUUUGCAGCGCAUCUGAAACGCCAGCGGAUUAAGCCAAUAUAAAUUAAAUUAUGGAAAUCGUACCGCCGUGUACCAGUCGCGUUCCUACGGGGAUCGCAUUUUCACUUCACGAUAUGCGAGUAAAAGGAUUUUAAACAGACGGCCGAGGAAACGACUUAUUUUAUAAUCAAUUUCCUCAAUGCGAAAAGCUUUUUCGAAUUAUCAAACUUUCAACAAAUCAAACUUUUAUGUCAUAAUAUUCGAAACGAAUCACUUCGAAUCUGCCAGUUAAUUCUCUGGAAAAUAUUAAAAGAACUUCAAUUAACAUAAAAAUAAACGUUGAAUACGGAUAAAACAAUAUUUCGAUUUCAACUUUUUUAAAAGCAAAGAAGAUAUACUCGAGGGAAUCGCAAAAAGAAGUAGAAGGAGCUAUAUCGAGAAACGACGUAGAGGGAUUUUACCGAUAGAAACGUUCCAAAAAGCAUCUGCAAAAGGAAGACCGAGCCAAGUGAUCAAUUAAUCAAUGCUGGAGUCGCGAGGAGGGUACGAGAGACGCAAGGAAGUGAUCUCGAAUAUGCAUUACGCGUGAAAUUGGCGUAUCGCAGGACUCGGCUCUCUGCCCGAGACAAGGAAGGAAAGUUCGGAGAGCGAAGAGUUAAGGACGGAAAGUUGUGAACGGAGCCGAGGCGAAUGGAUGGUGUGCCGCGCUCAUGGAAGAGUCAUGAAGUGUUCUCCGUGCUUUCCCGUGCGCCCCUCGUGUAUUACGGGAAACUUGCAUUCGUAUGGAAAAUCCGCGUUUGAAGGGGUUCGGAGUAGCUUGCCGAAGAGCACCAUUGACCGGAAAGUGCCGAUGAUAUUCACGAUGAUAUUUUGCAGACACGUGGAGGAACUCAAGGAGCGAAUUUAUGAAAGCUCAGCUGCGACCAAGAAAAGCUUGAUGGAAAUUAUUCUGUGAGGGACCUUAGACUUUUCGUAUAUUGAUGAUACAUUUGUCGGUGCUAAAAUCGUUGAAAUUUCUAUUGAAGAAGAGAAUUGUUGCUGUCUCUAUAAAUCAAGUCUCUCGUCUCAUUAUGUACAUACGUGAAGCCUUUGAGAGAUUAAAAGCGUCGACGGAAAAGCGAAGAAUUCUGCAACUGGCUACUUUCGCAAUCGGUUAGCCUUGUUUGGAUUCUUUAUUUGCUCGGUAAAUCCGACCGGAAAACUACAGGUGUAGCACGAAUUAGCAAAUCGAUAGAUACUCGAGAAACGUACCGUAACUACGUCGAGUUCUUCGAGUUGAAACUCGCCGCUCCACUUCCUCUUGGAAUAAUUUUUAUUGAUACCAUGUGAUUUGCGAAAUCAUCGUAAAACGUACGUAAUGAAACAGAUUGCAAACAUCUUGCAUAAUGUAAUGAACCUUUGCAGACGUAGCAUAAAGUAUACAUUUGUAUAAUUUGUACAAUGUUCUUAUAUCAUGUAAUCUUAUGUAAUCUUUUAUAUGAAGUUUUAUAUUUUAAUAUACAUGUAUAUUACGAAAGA